UCAAAUCUCCGUAUCUUUAUUAUUAUUAUUAUUAUUUAUUACUGUUUUCAGAGCUGUAAGCCGAGUUCACAGUUACAGUCGAAAUCAAUACGCUCUACAGUGUAGACACUUUCACACGUAUACUCUGUACCUCACUUAAAUAUUGAGCCAUCCCUAAUCAUUCACUUGCUUCUUCUCCCAUCCUUACACUUCACACUUCUCUUCUUUAAAGUCAUUAUCUGCCCCUUUCUCUCUGCCUUUCAUUUUUGCUACGCGGGAAUAUUGAGAGGCCAAAAGGCCGGUUUCUAUUGGUAAUUUUUGAUUUUGCUAUAGAACAAAAAUGCCGCUAGGGUUAGCGGGAAAAAGUGCUGUUUGCACCUUGUUAUGUGUCGCCGUCUCUCUUUUCGCCGUUGUUGGAGCUGAUGAUCCAUACAGAUUCUUCAACUGGAAUGUUACUUAUGGAGACAUAUACCCACUCGGCGUUCGUCAACGGGGUAUACUUAUCAAUGGACAAUUUCCAGGCCCUGAUAUUCACUCAGUUACAAAUGACAAUCUUAUUAUCAAUGUGUUCAACAGCUUAGAUGAGCCUUUUCUUAUCUCCUGGAAUGGAAUUCAACAAAGGAGAAACUCAUACGAGGAUGGUGUAUAUGGAACCACAUGCCCAAUUCCUCCAGGAAAGAACUUCACAUACAUUCUCCAAGUGAAGGACCAAAUAGGGAGCUUCUAUUACUUCCCUUCUCUUGGAUUCCACAAGGCUGCUGGUGGUUUUGGAGGAAUCAGAAUCCUUAGCCGCCCACGAAUUCCGGUUCCCUUCUCGGAUCCCGAUGGCGAUUACACUAUUCUUAUUGGAGAUUGGUACAAGUCUAAUCACACGGAUUUGAAGGCUAUUUUGGAUGGUGGUAACAGGCUACCAUUCCCUGAUGGAAUUCUCAUUAAUGGUCGCGGGCCUAAUGGUUAUUCACUUGCUGUUGAACAAGGAAAAACUUACAGGCUCAGAAUAUCAAAUGUUGGGUUGCAACAUUCACUCAACUUUCGCAUUCAGAAUCAUAAAAUGAAGUUGGUAGAAGUGGAGGGCACACACACUCUCCAGACUACCUACUCUUCACUUGACGUUCAUGUUGGCCAAUCUUACUCUGUUCUAGUAACAGCUGACCAGCCUGGACAAGACUACUACAUUGUGGUUUCUUCUCGGUUCACCACUCCCAUCCUCACCACCACUGGUGUUCUUCACUACAGCAACUCUGCUGGCCCUGUCUCUGGCCCACCCCCUGGUGGACCCACCAUUCAGGUUGACUGGUCUCUCAACCAGGCUCGCUCCAUUAGGACCAAUCUUACUGCAAGUGGACCAAGACCAAAUCCACAAGGAUCAUACCAUUAUGGUAUGAUCAACACAACCAGAACUAUCAGGUUCGCAAAUUCUGCUGGCCAAGUCAAUGGCAAACAGAGAUAUGCAGUGAACAGUGUGUCCUUUGUCCCAACAGACACCCCACUAAAGCUUGCAGACUACUUCAAAAUUCCGGGAGUUUUCCGCGAGAACAGCAUAUCAGACAAACCUUAUGGGGGAGGAAUUUAUCUUGACACAUCCAUCUUGACUGUUGAUUAUAGAGCAUUUAUUGAAAUUGUGUUCGAGAACAGCGAAGACAUGGUCCAGAGCUGGCAUCUUGAUGGUUACAGUUUCUUUGUUGCUGGUAUGGACGGAGGACAAUGGACAUCAGAUAGCAGGAACCAAUACAACCUUCGUGAUGCAGUUGCACGUUGCACCACUCAGGUGUAUCCCAACUCAUGGACUGCUAUUUACGUGCCACUUGACAACGUAGGGAUGUGGAACUUAAGGUCGGAGUUUUGGGCUCGCCAAUACCUAGGCCAGCAGCUGUAUUUGCGAGUUUACACUACAUCAACUUCACUUAGAGAUGAAUAUCCCAUUCCAAAGAAUGCACUUCUUUGUGGUAAAGCAAGUGGUCGGAGCACACGACCUCUCUAAGCUACUGAAACAGUGUUUACCGUUUAUCAUUGAAGGCGGGGAAGCCUGGCCUGUCGUCUAGCUAGCUAGCUCCGGAUAAUGAAGAGAAAGGUUUUUGCCAAUUGUUUUCUUGUUGGCUGCUUCGCUUUAGGCUAAAUACGAAGGAACAUAUAGAACGGACGAUUAGAACUCUUUAAUGACUUCAGCUCGAGGUCACAUUCUUUUCCACUAAUGAUUGUAUUCCCUUCUAUAUAUUUUCUUGCAUUAUUAUUAUUAUUAUUAUUAUUAUUAUUAUUAUUAUUA